CGGCCAUGGAGUGGGAGGAGGAGGAGGAGGUGUCGUCGUCGUCGGUGGUGGCGACGGGGACGGCUGGGGCCUGAUCCGAGCCGGGACGCGCGCGGGAGGAGGGGGUGACAGAAAGGGGAGACCAAGCAGGCCUGGCGCGGCAACUGAGCACUGGCAGCAGUGCAAGAGCCGCCCGCCAAGUGUUCCCCCGCCCCGAGGGCCCCGGCCUCCAACACCCCAGUAGGAUUCCUUCUUCGUCAGAUUUAAUCAAGUAUAAGAAAGAGGAAACUUCCACAGUCCAGGCAGAUGAUGAUCAAUUGAUAUCCCAACGCUGAGUUUUACCAGACUUUUAAGCAGCGGAAAGAAUGUCGGCGCGGGCCGUGGCUGACGUCAGAGGGGAGCAACGCAGAGCGGUGGCGGCCAGCAGGCAGCAGCGGCGGCCCCGGCACGGAGGGGGUAGCAGCGGCGAGAUCGGCCCCUGCCCCGCCACCACGACUCCCGCCACCACGACCCCCGCCACCAGCGCGGCAAUGGCGACCGUCGGGGAGCGCAAGUCCUUGCCUAGCCCGGAGGCGAUGCUGGGGCAGCCCUGGAGCCAUUGGGUCGAUGCUGCUAAACUUCACGGGAACGACGGAGCAACCUUGGAAGAAAGUUUCAAGGAAUAUGGGAAAAACCGAGAAGCAAUGCGACUCUGUAGAGAAGAUAUGCCAAUAUUUGGUCUUUGCCCAGCUCAUGAUGAUUUCUAUUUGGUGAUGUGUAACCACUGUAAUCAGGUCGUAAAACCACAGGCAUUUCAAUCACAUUAUGAAAGAAGACACAGCUCCUCCAGCAAGCCACCUUUAACCCCUCCUUCCUCUUCAGUAUUCUCCCUCUUUUCAUCUCUGUCUUCAAAAAGCAAAGGUAGCAGCGGAGGUGGGAGCAGUCGCUCAUCCAGUGGUGGAGGUACUAGUGCAUCAUCAUCAUCCAGUUCCAAGUUAUUGAAAUCGCCCAAAGAAAAGCUGCCAAUCAGUGGAAACAAUAGGCCAAUGCAUCUGGUACAUAGCAAAGGUCCCCAUGAUAAAAUCAUGACUCCAUCUGUCAAAGUGGAAAAAAUACAUCCAAAGAUAGAUGGUGCACUAUCGAAACCUGCUGUUGGUCCAACCUGUUCUACUACUGUGAGCUCCUCAAUAAAGACUGGCCUUAAUCCCUCAAUACCAAAGCCACCCUUGCCUUCCCCUGGACAGAUACUGAAUGGUAAAGGUCUUCUCUCUGUGCCUCCAUACUUGGAAAAGAAGCAAGAUGAGAGUACAAAUAAUAGGAAAUUUUUACACAAGAGAUUAUCAGAGAGAGAAUUUGAUCCUGAUAUCUACUGUGGCGUCAUUGACAUAGAAACAAAGAAACCCUGUACUAGGUCUUUGACAUGCAAGACACAUUCCCUAACUCAACGGAGAGCUGUACAGGGUCGAAGGAAACGAUUUGAUUUAUUACUAGCUGAGCACAAAAGCAAAACCAGGGAAAAAGAAUUACUCCGCCAUUUGGAUCAUCAUCAGCAGAUGCCCCCUCUCAGGGAACCACAUCCCUCUCCUUCAAGAACUUCCCAGGAGCUGCACCAAAAUUCUCAUGGAGUUAUUCCUAUAGAAUCAAAGCCUUUAGUACCUAAUAAACCCAAACCUCACACCCCCAGUCUUCCAAGGCCUCCAGGCUGCCCAGCCCAGCAAAGUGGGAAUGCCCCGAAUGAGUCUCCAUCAGUCCAUGAAUCUCCACAUGCUCCUUUGCCUGCAACUGAGCCAGCAUCUCGGUUAUCCAGUGAUGAGGGAGAAUGUGAUGAAAAAGAAGAGCCUGUUGAAAAACUGGAUUGUUUUUAUUCAGAUCGUCAUCCUCAACCAGCUGCUUUUUGCACAAUUGGUAGUCGACAAAUUGGAAGAGGUUACUACGUGUUUGAUAAGCGGUGGAACCAUAUCCGAUGUGCACUUAAUGUCAUGGUGGACAAGCAUCUUAACUCACAGAUGUGGAAGAAAAUUCCUCCAGCAACGAGCAACACUACAUUGGUGCGUGCGCCACACCGGACAAACUCGACACCUGUGUCACAAUACAGCGCCAGCACAACAGGUUUUCUCCUACCCACCACAGCUAUGCCCUCACCAGUACUCGUGUCUCCUUCCUGUUUAUCUCUUAGUGGUAAAUCGGUACCAUCCCACGGGACUACGCUAAAUGCCAACCCUGCUAGUUUUGGUGCAGCAGAACCUGCCUGCAGUAUGCAAUCAAGACAAGUGUCUACAUCCCCUUCAACACCUCCAGUGCUUUCCUCAGUACCUUCACCUCUGUCCAGCAAACCUCAGAAAUUAAAAUCCAGCAAGUCUUUUAAGCCCAAGGAAUCUUCUGCUAGCAGCACCAACUGUAACAGUACCAGUAGCAACAGCAGUAGUGGCAGCUCAGGAAAGAAGCGUAAAAAUAGUUCUGCGCUGCCAGCACCUUCUUCUCAUUCCACAGAGUCCUUUAGGAAAAACUGUGUGGUUAACUCUGGAAACUCUGGGGCUUCUUAUCACUCACCUGGGAUGUCUUCAUCCCACAGCCUCAAUUGUAUGACUAGCAAAGCUAACUUUGUUAGCCUCAAACAUGACCAAUCAGGGAGGGGCCCUCCAACUGGGAGCCCUGCAGAAUCUAUAAAAAGAAUGAGUGUGAUGGUGAACAGUGGUGAUUCCACUCUCUCAUUAGGGCCGUUUAUUCACCAGUCCAGCGAACUAACUGUAAACUCGCACAGCGGAUUUUCACAUUCGCAUCCUCCCUUAGAUAAAUUCAUAGGAAAGAAAAGAAAGUGUUCGCCUGGUUCAACCAGCAUAAACAGCAGCAGCAAAACAAACAAGGUUGCCAAAUUGCCACCAGUUAACAACAUUCAUACGAAACACACUGGUGCCAUCCCAGGGACGCAAGGACUGAUGAACAAUUCUAUCCUUCAUCAGCCUAAGGCUCGUCCCUAACAGUUGACACAGACAAUGCCAUGGUAAGAAAAGAACUGGAUUAUUUUCACUACAAGCGUGAAAAAGAAAUCUCCAUCUGGAAAUCCUGGACUCCAAGAUGCCUUUUGAGUUCUCCCAGCUUCCCACGGUCCUCAGGUGUGGAAAUCUACUGGACUGUCACACAAUCAAGCUUUUCCCUGAAGCCAUGUCUGUAGCAGUGAAACUUGGAAAUGGACACUGGAUUGCCGUUCAGCCACAGGAUUGUUCCUAUCAGUGUUACCAGUGGUUGGACUGCUUGCUACAAAACCCUGUGAGAUUUUACUUACAGGAAAACAUCAACUUGCCACUAUUGGUUCUAGAUUGGUUGGGCAAAGCAAUGUUCGGGAAAGAACAUUACUGUGGACUUGUUUAUUUUUCUUCUGAUGGUGUCAUAGGCAUAACUAAAUGUUUUUUGGCUCUGUCCAGUGAAAACCCCUCAGGAAGGGGGCACAAUGUGUUAGGCACAAUAAAAAAAAGAAGAAGCCCUCAAGAAGGGAAUAUGGCUUUAGUGUUUUAUAGCAGUGUUCCUUGACUGGAAUGCAAAAAUAGCACAAUUUAGAAACAAAACAGUCUACGUUUUGCCCAGCCUUUUGCAAGUAAUUUGGGAUAAGAAGCUGUCAGGAGUUCUAAAAAACAAACACAAAAAUGUUCAUGGCCAUCACUAAAAACUAAAAAGCAUAUUUAAAUAGUGAAAUCCUAUGGUACAGAACAAUCUUAUGAGCACCAUCUACCAAGCACAGCUGCUCAAUGUUGUUCGUUCAUUCCAGUGGAGCAUGUGAGGGGGGCUUGUACGAGCCCUAGUGAAAUGAAACGAGGUUGCAUACUGGCAUUAUUUGGAGGAGGGCUGUGCCUGCUUGAAUAAAAUGCUUUGAUUUUUUAGAAUAAAUAAAUACCCCCCAUCCCAGAUGCAAAAUCCUCAAAUCCAAAAUGGUGAAUGACCUCUAAAACUAUUCCCAAAGAAUAUAUUUCUUGACCUAUACUGUAUGCCAUAAGCCUUUUUUGUUUUGGGGAGGUGGGUGGGGGAAACAAAAUGCCAAUCUAAGUUGGUUGUACCAUCCAACCUUUUAAAAAACAAAACACAAAAUAGCCCAUAUAAAACUGAAUCUCAAACCUUUCAAACACUGAAUUCUCAAUUUUCUUGAAAGGUUUUCCAGUAAGUUGAUGCCUUGUUCACAACUAAAUUAGUAUCCUGUUUUCUAAAGUCCACAUUCAGAUUUUUUUAUGACUGCAUUAAGUGCCAGUUCAAAUUCUGAGCUCAGUGUUAAAUGCACCCCUUGUAUUGCCAACUUGUGAGCAAAGGGGGAGCAUUUUAAACAUGCCAUCCAGUGCAAAGUGGUCAUUCCUUGCCCCUAAGUAAAAAUAUUUUUUUUAAUAAGUAAAAUCCUCAGAAGGGCUUUAAUAUCAUUUGAUCUGGAUGUUUGUGACACUAGUGAAUUCUGAACCACAACCUGGAAUUUCUACACAUUUUAUCAUGUGAAAGGGAAAGUAUAAACCCCAAACCAUAGGACAUAAUCCAGGUGGAGCUUUCCUUCAGCGAGUCCAUCAAAAGUCAAUUUCUAUCCAUUUUAAUGAAGUGUGUUUUGGAUUGUGGAUUCAGACAGCCUCCCCAAUGAGAAUUUGCUUUUGAACAAUGAAGUGAGGCUAGAUUGUCUGAGGGUGCCAACUAGCUACAGAACCUGUUGUGCCUUGGGACCCCAUCGGAUCACCUAGUUCUAUUUCAUUCCUGUCACUUGAUACACGUGGCCAAAAAGUUAACACCCAUGGAGGAAGAAAAUGAAUUGUCUGAAUCUACCCUCGACAGGGCUUGUGCAGGAGAAGCUCUCAAUGGAAUGUGUGCCUGUAGAUGUCUGCCUUAAAGGGGCACCUUAUAGGAUCUUGCUGAGAUUAGACAAUCUGAGCCUAUCUAGUUACAGCCCAGCCUCUCUCCCUACUAUGGUGGUGCAUUGCACCUCAGGGAUCCUAAAACCACCACAAGCAGCAGCUGCUUGGAUGUGUUUUUUUUAACCUGUUGAGGUUUUCAAAUCAACAUUAAAUUUGCUACGAUUAUUCAAACACAGUGAAGCGACAAGACUCUAUGCAGACAACACUAAAGCCUUGAAUUUAGAAAGAUAAUGUGUUUGUUUUUUAAGUAAAGGAAUAAUACUUGGAUGGUGAUGAUUAUGCAAAUAUUAAAAAUGAAUGCAUACUGGGGGGAGAAGAAGUUUUGGACAGCCCUUCAGUUUAUGGAGGAUGCUAUAAAAUAUUAAAACCUCUUAAUUGGCUUAUUUGGGGAGUGGGUGGAGACAACCAAAGUAAUGUAUCUGCUCUGCAGAGAGAAAAUCGACACUGGCUCCAUCCCAUGUGUUGGAUAUUUUCAAUCACAAGUGCAAUUUGGUUUUGAUAGAUUUACCUUCGAAGGCUGACAAAUUUUUCAUAAGUUAAACCUUAGUGGCUUUAAGUAUUCAAAAAUGUCUCUGUUUUGUAAAGAUUAUGUUGCUCCAAAAGCAUCAAAGCAAGUCUUAGGCUCCUUAAUAGAAAUGCAGAUCUCUGUGAAAAGUUCAGCAGUUGACCACUGUGUUUAAUUUAUAUGAGUUGCAGCUCUGGGCCCAAUUCCCACUGGGAAUGCCUCCACUGGAAGCUACGUUGAAAUUAAUGGGAGCUUCACACAACACAGCCAUGCUCUUGCACAAAGUCCACUUAAUGUAUUCAGUGGGACUUAUGUAAGAGGCAUUCCAGGGUGGAAUUGUCGCCUGUAUAUGUCUGUUAUGGCUUAUAAUUUUACAACUUGCCAUGAUUAAAACUAGAGGACGUCUUAAUUUAUGCCUGCCCUCAAAGGUUAGACUUGCUUAAAUAUACAAACAAUAUUCCAUUCUUGGGGCUUAGUAAUAAAUGGAAUUAUUGUUUUUGAAGCUUUUAUUGUCUGACAACAUUCUUAUUGUAAAUAAUUAAGGAAAUUUCAGAUUUAAUUUAUCUUGCAAAAUUUGCAGUGGCUGGGUUGUUUCUUAGAAAGAUUUUGGUAUUAAUUUAAGAGAUACAAUUUUUAUAGUCUUUCCAGCUUCUCAUUAUGACUCCUGCAGUUUUCUUAACCUAAAAAAAUAAAAAAUGUUGCAAUGAUGAACAAAGAAUUAUACGAAAAUAAUGAAACCCAUACUUUUGUAUGUUUAUUUUGGAAUUUCUUGUUCUAUUAUAAAUAUUGAUGUAUCCCUAUUUCAGAAGACAUAUUUUGUUAAUUGAUUGUACAUAUUUAAAUAUGUAUUUUUGCACAGGUCUUUUUUGCUUAUAUCCAGUUUUGGUACAAUUGAAAAUCAUCUAGUAUUUAUUAAUUAAAAAGAAAAAAAAGCAAAUACUUUUUUUUAUAAUUUGAAGUGGUUCACUGCCAAUCCAAUAGUUAACAUGCCUACUUUACAGAUUUUAAGGGAUGCUUCUAAUUGGGGAGAGGGGAGGCGGGAGAGUUGUGUCCCUUUUUUAGUGUCUUGGGAAUUAACUGCUGGAUACAAGCGAAGGCUUUGCCAUUGCAGUCCUAUGCCCACAUGUGCCACUCUUCUGAGCAGGGAGGCAGUGUGGCAUUUAGUUGCAUAUUGUUGGCCUGCUCUGGUAUACACAACAUUUCUCACAGUUGCCUGAGUCCCAGAAGACUACAUUUAGUUGUGACACACUGCUUCAUCUUUUGUUCUUUUUAGCAUUUUUGUGUCUGUGUGCACAUGUGUACACCCACAUGUGUGCGUCUUUAUGUGGUUUAAAACUAAUGGAAAAACUGAAAGUGCCUGAUUUAUAUAUCUAGAUUUUAAGCUUGGACUGUUUUUUAGACAGCUUCUCCUUUAAAGACUUGAAUGUUCUGUUAAAAAAAGAUAAAUUGGAGCUUGCUUUUCCCACCUACAUAUGACUUUCCAUUGAUGAGGGAGAGAGAAUGCAGGGGAGGGGAAAAAACCACAAAGCAACGCAUAAGAUCAGACUGAAGCAAGUCCCCAGUUCAUAAAUAAUGCCAAGGAUUCUGGAGAUACUUUUCAAGUAAGUUUGAGUAAUUUCUCCUGUUGCUAUCAGCUAGAACUUAAAAAAAAAUACAGAAUGUCAACAUUGUUUCGUAUUAUUGAAAAAGUAAGGUACCUCUCAAAGCAGUUUUGCAAACUACAGACACAAGUCACUACCAGCCUAUCCUAUACACAAACCUUACUGAAAUGAAUGGAAGUUAGCAACUGCACAACUCCCUCUUCAUUCCAGUGAGGAUAGCAUGAGAGAGGUUUACAGUGAGCUUCUGCUUGUAGUGCAAUUUCAACACAUCUUCCGGUAAGUUGUCUUCCGGCAAGAGUUGUUGCCAAGGAUUUUUGUUUCUGUCUUUUUGGGAAGAGGGGAUUGUACGGUGAAGGGGAUUGGGGUUGAAAAGAUUGUUUUUCUGCUUUCCAACAGUGGAAAAUAAUUUAUUUUAAAUGCUUUGUGCAAAAUAUCCUACUUUUUAUGGAAGGUGAUUAUUAUUUUUAAAUGAGCACUACAUAAUGUCAAUAAGAAUGUAGGCCGUGGAAGCUUCUUGCUUUUGGAGUUGAGCCCAGCUCCAUAGAGAGAGGGGAAAAAAGCAAUCUCCUGUGUAAAAUGUGUGAAUAGUUUGAUAAUUUGUAUACAUAUUCAAGAGCAUCUGCUCAGAGCUGAACUUUUUGUGUUGGCUGCUGUAUAGUACAUGAACAAAUGUCAUGGGUAGAAAAAUUACUUUGGAUAUUUAAAAGAAAAAUAAAUAUAUAGUCUAUUUGUUU